AUGCCUCCGUACAAAAUGUCACCAGAUACACGACUUGUCACAUAUGAGCCUCCGUACAUAAUGUCACCAGAUACACGACUUGUCACAUAUGAGCCUCCGUACAAAAUGUCACCAGAUACACGACUUGUCACAUAUGAGCCUCCGUACAACAUGUCACCAGAUACACGACUUGUCACAUAUGAGCCUCCGUACAUAAUGUCACCAGAUACACGACUUGUCACAUAUGAGCCUCCGUACAAAAUGUCACCAGAUACACGACUUGUCACAUAUGAGCCUCCGUACAACAUGUCACCAGAUACACGACUUGGCACAUAUGAGCGUCUGUAA